CCCAAUUAUAAACAAAUUAGAUAAGUUAUUGCUCAAUUUGCCUUCGGCUGCCCUUUCAUGUUUUUUAGCAGAUUGAAAAAUCUAAAAAUACUUUCAGCAAACACCGAGAAAUUCAGUAAUUACGAUGGGUGCAAAGUCCGCUGAAAAAGAGAACCAAAAGGAGAGCAAGAAGGAUGGAGUGCAGACUACCAAUUUAGACAUUGAUGGGAAGAAGGGAGGAACGAUGGAUGUGGAGGGGGGAUCGCCCAGUGAUGAUGUCAGUCAGAACCACGAACAUGAAGCUGAAGAAAUCAACGCGAAAGUUUACGGGAACCUGAGUCAAUUUGGAAUCUAUGGCGAUGACUUCAAGCCAGACUUGACUCCUAUUCCGGCGCAUCACACCACAAUUAUGUGCUUUAUCAUCUUCGCCAUCGGAUUUGGGAUCACUAUGGCUAUGCAAGUGUUCAUAGUGAAGGAUCACACUGAUAUUACCAAGGCAUCUAUGAAGAGCGCCGCAGCUCAGAUCGAAGAAAUAAACACCGAAGCCAUGCUGCUAACUUCAGGAUACGACUCGCUUGUCCGAGGAACCUUCGAUGCAGCCGACAAAGCUGUUUGCGACGGGCUCAAUGGGUUUAUGUCCCAUAAGUAUUCGAGGUGUUUCUUUCUGUUGGAUCUUGUUUUCUAUCAAACCAAAAACCAAGCUAAGGAUGCUUGUACCGAGGCUUAUUCAUCCGCUAUAUUGACAUACCCUCGCUCUGUGAGUGAGAUGUACCAUAUCGGAGACUUCGCUUUAUUCACUCUGGGAAUCUCUAAUGCUAAAAUACCGAUCAAUUUUAACGGAAAUACUAACAAUGGCAAUAUGAUCACCUCCGGAGACGGAAAGUUUUCUUUUGACUCCUCUUCGCAACUGUAUUCUACGUUCCUUGACUGUUUGCUAUGUUGCAUUGAUACUUCCACAGAGAAAAGCAUGCAUCUAGAAAUUUGUGACAUGCACCAUAGCUUCAGCUACGCUACGUGCUCCUUCGACAUCGCAUAACCGCUAAGCGCCGAUUCAUGAAAACAGGUCCUCCUUUCUUUGUUUGCCCUAGUGUGGAUUAAAUCCUUGCCCUCAAAGAAUUUCUGAUCGAUUUUAAGCACUGAAAUAGAUUAAUAGCAGAAUUUCUUUUUCUUAAUUUCCAUGAACAUCUAUUUAAUUAGUAAUCCCUGUUAAAUAAAGCAAUUCCAGAAACCUUUUCUUACACAGAGGCUAAGCACCACUUGCGAUACCAGAAAAAAGCUAGCGUAUAGAAAACCAGAAGGACGCUCGCUCACUACAAAAAUUUCAUACCCCUGUCUUGAAAGAUGUUCGAUUUUUGGAACGCACCGCGCAACUAAGCCUAUAUACUUAGCGCAACUAAGCCUACAUUACUCCAACUAAGCCUAUAAAACAAAGU